AUGCAUCAUAUCAAACAGAGGCGAUCGCAGAGGAAAUAAUUUAGCCAAAUAGAAGACCAAGUGCCAAUUUGAACGAUUGGAUGUAGUGCUCACAUUUUGGAAUUUGUGAAAGUGUUUUCGUGGAGCGUUUACCACGGAAGACAUUUGGAGCUGACUAACUGAGCUGUCCGUUUCUAAUUAUGGGGGAAUGUUAAUGAUUUGGGCAACGAGCAAGUUCAUUUGAGACACGCAGAGCCAGUCGCUCGGUCAAUGGCGAUUCUACUAAGGAUGGGAACUGAAUAGAGCGUUUAUAUGCGGCGUAAUGCCCAAAGAGAAACCCUGCGAAGUCCCUCUGCCUGUUGGAUGGGAAGAGGCGAGGGACACAAGGGAUGGAAGGGUGUAUUACAUCGACCAUUACUCCCACAGAACAACAUGGAUCGAUCCGAGAGAUAGGUUAAUGAAACCACUAUCAUUUUCUGACUGUGUGGGAAAUGAACUACCUCUCGGCUGGGAAGAACUUGAGGAUGCAAGUGGAGGAAAAUAUUAUAUUGACCAUAAUACAGAAACCCAACAGACUGAAGACCCUAGGAUACAAUGGAGACAGCAGCAAGAGGAUAUGCUCAAAGAGUAUCUGUCUUUAGCACAAAGUGAAAUUAAUGAAAAAGAAGAUUUUUUAAAUGUCAAGAAACAGAGAUUGAAUGUAGCUCAAGAAGAGUUUCAGUAUCUUACUUCACAAUUGGAAAAUAUGGAGAAUCAUAAUUUAUCCCCCAAGCACCUCAAACAACCCAGCAGUACAAGCUCAGCAUCGUCGGCAUCUGGGAAAUCCAUAACAUCUAUCACAAGCAAGUAUGACCCAUGCCAGCUGAAGCGGGAGAUCAUCCAAGCUAAGACAAGGGUGGAGCGCCUAAGAUCAGAAAUGGAAAAAGUAUCAGUCGAGGUGCAAGCGAAAAAGGAAGGCUUUAGACAACUGGAGAACGUUGACAAAAGAUUCUCUUCUAGCAUUCCCUGCAACUCAGAGGAGAUGCUAGCAAUGUCUGACGAAAUUCAAUCUGUGCAGAGAAAUCUCGCCCUCAAGGAAAAAGAGAAAGCCGAGCUUAUACAAACACUAGUCAAACUACGGGAAACUUUCAAUACGAAAGGCGAGAUAAGCGAGAGAAAAGAGGAAUCGUUCAACAAGAAAACAAACUCGAGUUCUCAAACAGAUCUCUCAAUAGAUACGCCACCCGACAAACGUGAACUAAAAUUAGAAUACAAGGAAUCAGUGAAAGAGCGCCAAAGAUUGCAAUCUGAAAUUGAUAAAAUCAACGAAAAACUAUCGAAUUGUUCGUCGACCGAGGAAUCCCCAAGGCCGAUAAGUGCGAGUACAAAUACGCUGAUGUUAAUUCAAGAAAAAGAGGCAUUACUGCAGGAACUUAGACGGCUAGGAUCGCUACUCAGAACGGAAGAAGAGAAGCUUCAACUUGAAAAAGAAAGGGACAAACUAGCGGCAGAUUUAGAGUCGGCCCGAGAGCUUUCCCACCGAGUGAUAGCGGACCGAAUGCAACUGCAGGCCGAAAAAUCGAUUCUAACACAGCAGUUGGCGGAGCAAGCCAAGUUGACAAAUCUACUCGAAUCACAGCUAAGAAAUAUGUCGGCAAGCACUCCUUCGCUUUCGUCAUGUUCAUCUAAGGGUUCUCUUUCUACCGAAAGUCGAGGAUCGCUAUCGUCAAGUCGGGGCUCUCUUUCGUCGCUUAACUACACAGACUCUGGUUUUCUGAAUAAUAACGAGCAGCCAAACUUACGAGAGCUUCAUCAGAAAGUAACCGACAUGCUCCACGCCUAUCAACCCGUCCGCACAUGCGCAGUCCCCACGAGUUACGUUUCUACAUCACUAUCGGCGUCACGCAUUCACACGUCCACGAGCUCACCUCAAAUGUCUUUCUCGUCACGUGACUCGCUGUCCGUGUCGUCGUUGUCCCCGCCCAUUUCACCGUCUGCUGUUGAUCACCAGAGUACAUCGCCUGGUGCGAUGCGCGUGACAGUCACGCAAGCCGAGACGACGGCAGGACUUGAGGGUACUGAGAGUGAGAGGGCGCUUGUCACGCAGGCCGACGGGAUUCCUCUUCUUCAACGAAUGCGAUUGAUGUGCGUGGACUCCCGGUCCAGCGAGUCUAUCAACAGCCUGCAACACACGCACCUCGCGCCCAUCAACGAGGGUGGUAUUGCGUCCUUCAACCUCCAGUGUGGAGGGGUGAGCAACACCAGGCCUGUGACGGCUGCAGCAUCGGAUGAAUCUGUCGCGGCGGACAGCGGUGUAUUCGAGGCAUCUCAAGAGAAUCUGAAAGUGUCCCAAAGUAGCAAUGACCUGCGCGCGCACAAAGAGGGAGAGGAAGAUACGAGUUCGCCUGCGCAGAUCAAGAUUGGCUUGAGUUAUGAUACGGAUCUGGAGGCUCUGCUUGUGUCUAUCGAACAAGGCAAGAACCUCAAGGAGCUACAGGGGCGGGAAGCUCCCGAAUGUAUCGCGAUAAACGUGAAGCUGCAGUUGCUGCCAGGGGAUGGGGUCAUCAUGGAGACCAACUUGAGUAACGAUUUGGAUAACCCUACGUACGGCGAACAGUUUCACAUCCCCUUGCCCGAGUCGAAGCUUGUCUGCAAGACACUGCAGGUGCACGUCUGGGCAGUGACCAAGUACAAAACUGAGGAAUUACUGGGUGGAUCCCAGAUCAGCCUCGCAGAGUUUGAUACCCAGUCACCCAUUCGAUUCAGAUGGUACAACCUUCUUAACUACUCUUAUCUUUCGCCUUUGAAAACCUUGAACAAAGGCCAGAUGGCAUCAGCCGUCUCUCCGAAUCUCAUGGGUGUCGCCGUGGAAACGCUUGGAGUGCGCACUUUGGAGUCAAGAAUGAGGCCAAGUUCUUGGUGUUGUGGUGGCUCAACACACAGCCUCGCGUCUACGGGUGGCGAGAGUAGCCCGAGUCAAUCUGCCAGUCAAGAGAUGCUCAACAUUGACCCGCAACAGAUGGUCGGCACUCGACGCUCGCCCGCCCGACACAUGGAGCGAGAACAUUCGCAAGAGGAUAGUGUGGUCAGCGGAGACUCGCUCCAGGACAGGCUCGAGAGCGAUUUUGACAGAUCAGUGAGCAGACCCGCCUUACGAUCACCAUAUCUACCAAUCAGAGGGCUGGAGAGAAAGUACUCGGACCCAGACCCAUUCCAGUCGUUUACAUGCAUGGAAGAAUCACUUAACAAUCACCCGCUACGUUCAAAAGCAUACGAUAUCAACUUGAACCGCAGUAACUCAGACUGCACUGCUCGCAAGACUGACCGCAGCCCCUUUGUCCGCUUAUCCGUGGAGAGGAGCAGUAUGCGGCGCAAGAAGCGACCCGUGUCCUGGCAAGGGGUGCAGCAGUAUCAACAUCUGCAGAUGAUGCAGUCUCUACCAUUCGACAUGUUUCGUUACUCAGACCUGGAGAACGACCAGGACAUCAUGCCUAGACAGAUCAGUGGUGAUAUCGCAAGAUUGCACCGUCUAAAGCAGUGGAUCGAGAAAGCGCUAGCUGAUGGCUCUACCGACGUGCCGAAAUGGCUAGAAGAUAGCGAGGAAUACCGCAGCCUGGUUCGAGAGAUCGAGGGAAGACAAAUGCGACUACCUAGAGUAGCCAGACGCAACCACAAAGCCGCUGACCUAAAACUUGUCCGGGAAAAACGGGCCAGUUUUUCUUCCUCUAAAUCUCCCAAGGUGUCUUCACCUCUAACGCCACAAGGCUCGCCCCAGGUCUCCCCACUAGCGCAGCCUUCCAAGGAGCAGCAUUGGGUCUGAGUCACGUGACAGAUCGGAUAUUUCUAGGGCUGUACAUUGCUUCAUAUUGAAGCCUAUGGGACAAUAUCAAUGAAGUUCAGCAAUGGACUCAAUGGACUAAUUUCAAAGAGGAACACUUAUAUUAAAAUAUAUAUAUAUGAUAUUACGAUUUAUUAAAGUUGACAUUGUUUAAGUUAUCUUAAUGUUUAUCUGAACUUGUUUAGAAGAAAUUACACCUGAAAUUGAUAUCCGUUUAUAGUCUAUCGUUUCGUCAUAGACGCGAUGAAGUAUACUAUAAAAUAUACCCGUUUUUUAGGAUAAAAGAAAAUCUUAAAUUUUAACAGUUAAAAUUGAAUACACAUUCUAUAUCUCAAAGAAGAAAACCCUCAUCAAAGGAAAAAUGUUCGAAACGUUUAUUGUUAGCGAAAGCAUGAUAUUUAGCGCGCGAAUUCUAGUUUGCGCUCUAACGUUCACCACAAUCGUAUGAAAAUACUCAAUAUUAUCUUGACGGUCUAUAGAGGAUAGCCUUUUUGAAUUGCAUGGAGUUUGCACUAUAAGAGAAACAUGACGAAGCAACGUUUGCUGCUCAUAAACACUUGCACAUUUUGCUAAACUACGACGAAAGCAUGGGCUGACAAGGCAUUUUAUGCCUUCUUUUGUAAUGACAGAAGUAAUUUGGACCAACCAGUAAUGAUGGUUUACUAAUUAUAGUAUACCUCUAUUUAUUAUACUGUACUGGAAACUAACAAUAAAUGUACAUUUUCAUA